UCAAGCUGAAGAAGAUGUGGAAGAGCCCCAACGGCACCAUCCGAAACAUCCUGGGGGGGACAGUCUUCCGAGAGCCCAUCAUCUGCAAGAACAUCCCCCGCCUGGUGCCCGGCUGGACCAAGCCCAUCACCAUCGGCAGGCAUGCCCACGGCGACCAGUACAAAGCCACCGACUUUGUGGUGGGCAAGUCUGGGACGUUCAAGAUGGUCUUCACGCCGAAGGAUGGCAGCGGGGCCAAGGAGUGGGAGGUGUACAACUUCCCUGGCAGCGGCGUGGGCAGGGGCAUGUACAACACGGACGAGUCCAUCUCGGGCUUCGCUCACAGCUGCUUCCAGUAUGCCAUCCAGAAGAAGUGGCCUCUCUACAUGAGCACCAAGAACACCAUCCUCAAGGCCUACGACGGGCGCUUCAAAGACAUCUUCCAGGAGAUCUUUGAUAAGCACUACAAGACAGAGUUCGACAAGCUGAAGAUCUGGUAUGAGCACCGACUCAUCGACGACAUGGUCGCCCAGGUGCUGAAGUCCACCGGCGGCUUCGUCUGGGCAUGCAAGAACUACGACGGGGACGUCCAGUCGGACAUCCUGGCCCAAGGGACGCCCCCGGCCGCGGGACCCCUCCAGCCCCUCUCUGCUCCUCUCCCCAGUGUGAAGCUGAACGAGCACUUUGUAAACACCACCGACUUCCUGGACGCCAUCAAGAACAACCUGGACAAGGCCCUGGGCAAGCAGUAGGGGGGGGGCACCCAGCCCCAGCCCUGCUGUCACCCGGAUGGACGGGGACCCAGCGCCACCUCCAGCUCACCGACUCGGCUCAGGAACAGUUGAAUAAUUUUUAUAAGCAGUUUUCUUACGAGUGUUUUUAAAACCUUUCUAGCGGGGGUGGGGAGGAGCGGGGGGGCCUGUCCCACACUGAUUCAUGUACCCUCCCACCUCGCGGUGCCAGCUGCCAUUAAACACCUCACCGGCC